CGACGGUAAACUCAAGAAGCUGAGUACUUGCGAUAGGCGACUGUGUCUUUUUCGCCGGGGGAAAAGAAAAAAAGUGAAAGAUGAAGCUGAAGGUUGUGUAUCGUAAGGUCUCCGAUUACAUCCGUUACGAUCUCAAAGAAAUCGUCUUACCUUCAUCACUUCCUGAUCCUCCUCACGUCGUUAAACGCCGCAAAUUGACUUGGCAUGAGCGAUUUCUCGUGUUGAAGGAAGCUUCAAGGCUUUAUGCUGCAAGCUGGGUGCGAGAUAUAGGUCCUGAACUUCGUCCAAAUGAUUACAAGAAGCAAGGGGACGCUGAACCUAAAAAACAAGUGAAGGAGACAGAGAAUGAGCCCUCUGUUUUGGAAGAUCUUGCGGUAGCUGCAAGAGGUGGCAUGGAGACUCUAAGGCCUGCUUUACAUCGCUUGUACAUGACACGAGCUUCGCAUUAUAAAGAUGCUCUUGCAAGCUUUAUUAAAGGUUACCAUGAAGGCUUGCAGCAAGUUAUGCAGAAUAAAGAAGAGUCUGAAGCCCCUGCAGAUGAAGCUGACAAGUCUAAAAAAACUACCUGACCUUUAGUUAGCUCCAAAAGCAGGAUUUUUUAUGUGACUGCGAGUAUGUAUGUAGCUAGAUUGUGGGUUCUUUGAUGUUGUACCACAACAAUCCAAAGAUAUUUAUCAACUACAUAGUCUUUAAUGCACAAAGUAGCCUAUUUGUGAAGAA